CUUCACGCGCCCGACCGCUCCUUCCUCUCCGCGCCCGCCUCAAACUCGGCUCCUCCUCCCCUCGAGCGGGAGCGGGAGAUUGGAUUGGAGCCAUUUUCACCCGACCGAGCGAGCGUCGGGCCGCAGAGGCGGGCGCCCCGCGGAGGGGCGUGAGAGCUGUUCGCAAAGUAAACAGCAUUAUUUCUGUUGUGCAGUGAGGAAACUGAGGCACGGACGGGACUUGCCCAAGGCCUCACUGCGAGUCAGUGGCAGAGCGGAGGAACAGUAUAUUAACUUGUUCUCAAGAUGGAAACACCAUUGUUAGACAAAUCAACAUCACUCUGCAGUACUCCAAAGGACCGUGGGACACUAGCUCCUCAGAGCACCGGCUCAGGGAAAAAGCCAAUGAGCACAGCACUUAGGGAGCGAUUAAAGAAAGCAAGACGUUCAUUUAAUUCCAGUUUCACUGUGGCAAAACGCCUUAAAGUAGAUAUUGAAGAAAAAGAUUACAGUACUUCUGAAGAAGGGGCUCUAUUGGCAAAAGAAUCCUGUUCCAGAUUACAAAAUAGCUGUGAAAUCCUGGAGAAGAACUGUGCUGCAAAUACAAGUUUGAAUAGUCCUGUACAGGAGAGACAUUGCUGCAGACUUGUUCAGAAUUCUCCACACUCUGUGGUGUUGGGGGCUGACCUUAGUCAACAACAACUACUGGAGGAAAAAUUAAGAUUGUUGAAGCAGGUCCAAGAGAAGGAAGAGUUGCUUCGAAGACUCAAACUGGUCAAGAUGUACAGAUCCAAGAAUAACCCAUCAGAAUUGCAAUCUUUGAUAACGAAAUGGAGAUGCAGCACCCAGUUGAUGCUUUAUGAACUCCAGUCAGCUUUGUCUACAGAUGGCAAUAAACUGAGUCUUACUCUGUUGAUAGACAAUUUUGGAUUAGAAGACAAGUUACUACACUACAGCAGAACAGAAGAAGACUUUACAGAUAUGUAAUUUACAAUUACAAAGGUUUCCGUUAUAAAAAAGAUUAAAUAUAAACUGAUAAACCAUCAUGAUA